CCAACACCCUCGGCUUCUUCGGUACUUGAAGCAGGUACUCGGUGACCCUAAACCGGAGCGACUGGCCUUUCUGCCUCCCAGCUCCAUCGGCCAAUCAGCUGCGUCAAGAGUCUUCCGGCCUCAGCCACCCCGUUGCUACAGUGCCGAUGCAGAUCUACGUGUGCCUCGCCAGUGGGCGCUCGGUUCUGGUGCCGACUGAGGCCGAGGCACCAGUGUCCGAGCUGAAGCUGGCAGCGCAGGAGUGCUUCGGUGUCGCCGUGCAAAGCCUGGUGAGUGCGGCGGGAGAGAUCCUGCAGGGAACUUUGGCCGAGAGUGGUUUGAAGGACGGCGACACCGUCACCGCGCUGGUGCAGCCGCCGCGGCUCUUCUCCGCGCGACGGGCCAUGGCCUUCGCGCUGGUGCGCAGCGACCAGACGGUGGUCACGUGGGGACACCCGAUGGUGGGAGGCUCCAUCUCUGACGCUCGGGCCACCGAGGGCCGCUCCGGGGGAAGGCCGGUGUUUCACGCGCUGGGAGGAAGGAGUACACGCUGAC